UUCUCUCUCCUUCAGUCCCUCCACCGGAAGGAGUCCUCCCUCGCUCUUUCCCUGGUCCGUACUAGGCCACAGCGUUAAAUCGCAUUUCUCUUUAACCUCUUCGCUCUCAGAUGACAUUUGCGAAUUGGAAUAGUAGAAGCGAAUCAACGAUCUCAGUCUCCCACUCAUGGGAGACCCUAACCCUAAGAAUGUAAGAACAAUUCCGAUCUCAUUCCCACCUGGUUUUCGGUUCUACCCCACAGAAGAACAGCUUCUCUGUUACUACCUCAGUAACAAGAACAACUGCACAGAGCACCAUGAGCGUGAUCUCUCCAUUCCUUCUAAUUCCGAUGUCGAUUUCUCACCUUUUGGAGUAGAUAUGGUUAAGGAAAUCGAUUUGUAUGGGUACGAUCCUUGCGACCUUCCUGACGUUGCUUGUUUUCCUUACGGUCGCGGUGGUAGUAGGAAGCAUUGGUAUUGCUUUACGGCGAAGGUCACUACUGAGCGCGUGAGGAGGAAGGCCAGAGGUGGGUUUUGGAAGAGGAAAGGAAAACCGCGGGAUAUACCGGGUGGGAAAGAAGGAUCUGUUUUGGGGAAAAGGAAGACUUUUGUGUUCUACAGGCGGAAUUCGUCACGUACAUUGAAGACUGAUUGGAUUCUCUUUGAGUAUGCACUCGCCGAACAUCUCAAGGACUCUUUUACCCUAUGUCGAGUAUUCUUCAAAUUUCAUCCUGGAAAUAAGAUCACAGAACAUGUCCCAAGUUCUUGCACUGACAAAUGUAUUGCGGCAAUGCAUAACACUGAUGCCAAUGUAACUUAUAAACAACAUGAUGGAGCCUCAGGAUCUGCCAUUGGUGAAGUUUUAUUGCAAGCAGAUACGUCUUUUGGCACUGGCAAUGAAAUCCAGAGGUUACCGAUGAAAUCAACUAGUGAGCCAUGUGAUUCCAUUCUUGCACAACGAGCUUCUGAUGAAGGAUUUCGGUGCCCCAUGACCAUUCUGCAACCAGAUCAACUGGGGGAAUCCUCCAAUGGAAUUAUCAGUGGCAGCAGUCGCAGAACCAUUUGUGUUGGUAAUGUGGCCGAUCAGCUAAUAUCCAAUUUGGCAAUCCUGGAGGGAGAUUUCAUAGAGUUGAACGACAUGAUCUCUCCUCUUCCAGACAUUGAUUCCUAGGAUAAAAAUAAAAGCAACCACUUUUUGAGAGAUUCAUGCCUUUCUACUUUUCGACAUGGACCAAGUUACCACUCAGAAUCCCUUCCUAAAGUGUGGUUUCAGGAAGGGAAUAUCAUUUACAAGAAAAAUGGAAGAUUACAAAGAGCCAAACAGCAAGUUCAUGUGGGCUUUGCAGUUCUACUUUUCUAUUUGGAACAAGUUAUUUUCAGAAACUCUAUUCUUGAAGUGGUUUCAGAAAGGGAAUAUCAUUUAAUGAAGCAAGAAAAAAUGAAGAUUAGAAGAGCCCAACUGCAAUUUAUUGUGGGCUUUGCAGUUCUACUUUUCUACUCAGACCAAGUUACUGUCAAAAACACUAUUCUUGAAGUGGUUUCAGGAAGGGAAUUUCAUUUAAUGAAGCAAGAGAAAAUGAAGAUAAGAAGAAACAUGCUGCAACUUAUUGUGGGCUUUGCAAUUCCACUUUUGUUUUUGGAUCAAGUUACCCUGCAGAGUCUCUAAUAUUAAAGGGUUAUAACAAGGGAUUAUUUGUUAAUGAUGCAAGAGAAUUGAAUUGAAACUGCAAGUUAUUUUGAGCUCCGGUGUUUGGGCUGGUGAACUCCACUUUUCUAAGGUAAAGUCUUUGUACUUUUCCGCAGUAUGUUGGAGAAAACUUUGAAGUUAAUAUCUUCCCCCACUCCCUUUUCUUCCUUUAGGUUCCAAUAUCCUCAUUGGGUACAUCAAUUUGGGUUUACUUGUUCCUGCAGUUUCACCAAUCUAGUGGAUCAGAGUGAUUUAUUUGAUGACACAGUCUCAAAAGUGAAAUGAAACGAUGUAAAUGAAGCAACACUUUAACUCGUUUGAGGCAAUCUCUUCGAAUGUUGCCUUGAUAGGGUGGAUGUUGUUUUUCGGAUCUUAUCUGUGGACUACUCGUACUUCCUCAAGGAUUUGUCCGCUCUUUGCUAGUCUGCUUGUCUUGUCUAGAAACCUUUUGGCUGUUAUUUAUUUUUUCCUCUUUCUUCCCCCCCCCCCCUCUUUCUCUCUCUGCUAGUUUGUUUCUCUUGUGUGCAAGCCUUCUAGAAUUAUGAACUAUGUGAUUAUUAUUACUGCCAUUGCUUUUGCAAAUUAGUUGUUAAACAAAAUAAACAUUUCUUAGCUGC